CUUGGACCAGCAGGGAAAUAACGCUGCGCUCAACAGAUUUUACAGGUUUGCCUGUGCGCGUAAAGACGCGCGAAAAUGGACUAAUUUAGUGAUCUGAACCGAAUCUGUGCCAUAAUUCUGGGUGAUUUCGAAAACAGUGGCCUUUCUCUCAAAGGAAUGAUGGAGAUCCAUAAUCUGCGCUCGUUCAGUCCACCGUGAGUGGGCGAUUGCUUCCAGGGGGACUUCAUGCGCUUUAACAGGACUUCCUAUCUCUCCAUAACAAAGCAUGCUGUGUUUGAUUCGGGCCCAGCUCACCUACAAGUCCCUGUAACAGCUAGAAAUGAGGAGCCGUGGUGGGUUUAAAAGCUCGGCCGGACUGUCAGCGGUGCGCUCCUGUCUGCUGCUGCUCUUCAUCCACAUCGGCGCUCCGUUGGAAGCGCGGCGAGUGCGCGGCGGCCGUGCCCAGAGCAGGAGGAUGCAGCCGCAGCAGCAGGAGCAGCAGCAGCAGGCGGGCCAGCAGCGGCUGGAAGGGCCGGAGAGCUUCCCAUUAGACUUUACAGCCGUGGAGAGCAACAUGGACAACUUUAUGGUGCAGGUUAAGAAUCUGGCGCAGUCACUGUACCCGUGCUCUGCGCAAAAGCUGGAGCAAAACAUGAAGCUGCACCUCUUGAAGAACUCGUCCGUGACUUGUAAUGAUGGUUCACCUGCGGGGUACUACAUCAAGGAGUCUAAAGGCAGCAGGAGGUGGCUCCUGUUCCUGGAAGGUGGCUGGUACUGCUUCAACAGGCAGACCUGCAGCAGCAGAUAUGAGACCAUGAGAAGUCUGAUGAGCUCCUCCCAGUGGCCACAGAGCAGAAAAGGAACGGGAGUUUUGUCUCCAGAGCCAGAGGAAAACCCUCACUGGUGGAACGCCAACAUGGUUUUCCUGCCUUACUGCUCCAGCGACGUGUGGAGUGGAGCCAUGCCAAAGACCGAGCACAACGAUUACGCCUUCAUGGGCUCCCUGAUCAUCAAGGAGGUGGUGAAGGAGCUGCUGACUAAAGGUCUGGACAAAGCCAAGGUCCUGCUCCUGGCGGGCAGCAGCGCGGGAGGCACCGGCGUCCUGCUCAACGUGGACCACGUCGCAGAGCAGCUGCAGUCAGCGGGCCACGGGGGCGUGCAGGUCCGGGGCUUGGCCGACUCCGGCUGGUUCCUGGACAACAAGCAGUACAAAGUCACCGACUGCCUGGACACCAUCAGCUGCGCCCCCACCGAGGCCAUAAAGAGAGGCAUCAGGCACUGGGGUGGGCUGGUGCCAGAGAGCUGCAGACAGGCUCACGUGGGAGAGGAGUGGAACUGCUUCUUUGGGUAUAAAGUCUACCCCACGUUGAAAAGUCCGGUGUUCGUGGUGCAGUGGCUGUUCGACGAGGCGCAGCUGACCGCCGACAACAUCCACCUGACCGGGCAGCCCGUCCACGAGGGCCAGUGGAGGUACAUUCAGAACCUGGGCCAGGAGCUGAGGAGCACGCUCCGUGACGUACCAGCCAUGUUCGCUCCGGCAUGUCUGUCUCACGAACUCAUAACCAGAACGAACUGGAUGGACAUUCAGGUGAAAGGCUCCUCCCUGCCCAGAGCUCUCCACUGCUGGGACCGAAGCCUCCAGAGCAGCCUGCACCUGAACAGCAGCCAGGGCCUGAAAAAGCCCAGGAGCCCCCCGCUGAGAGGCUGCCCCCUGCAUCUGAUGGACAGCUGCCCCUGGCCGCACUGCAACCCGUCCUGCCCGACCAUCCGGGACCAGCUGACGGGACAGGAGAUGAGCGUGCUCCAGUUCCUCAAGCACAUGGGCUUCGACGUGCAGAAGAUGGCUCAGCAGCAGGGGAUGGAGCCCAGGAAGCUGCUGGGCAUGCUCAGUAACGGAAGCUGAGCCGCUUCCUUUUAAGCUAAAACGGGGGGCUGUUGUGGUUUUUUGGAGGCCAGUGUUUAAAAGCAAACGGAUGACGUGAAGAGGGAAAACUCCUCUGACUCUUGACGCUUCGGUGACAAACUGAACAAUGUGAACAUUCACAAGUGCCUUGUAUAUGAUAAGGACUGAGUUAUGUAUAACCAAGCCAGGUUUGAGCUGUUUAAGGCUUUAUAUGGGAUCAACGUAGACCUACAGAUAUGCUAUAACUCGGAGGUGGGUACAGCCAGUAUAAAGCAGAAACAUAUAUUACAUUCUAAAGCUAAUUUAUUUCCAUAGAACAAAACAAAAAAAUUAAACAGGGUGGUAGAUGUCGAGUUUUUCUCUGUUAUUUUGGAAGAUUAUGGAUUUUAGCUAAUAAAAACCCAAUAGACUCAGUUUCUCCUUGGAUUUGCAUGUUGCAUAACUUCGACAAAAUAGGAUUUUAAAAAGCAAAAUGUCAUCUACCGCAAAAUAUGUUGAUGCGAUGUUCAGCUGGAGUUUUAGUGCAUCGAUGCAGCAGAGCAUCGAGAUCAGCCCUGUGGUGCUGCUGGGAUGUUUUAGUGAAGCAACAGUAAGCUGAAACAGCUUCUGGUAACUCUGGCAGUGUGGGCCGCUGUCAUGUCCUGCUGGAAAAUAAAACCACCGUCUCCAUAAAGCUCGUCAGCAGAGGGAGGCACACUGC